AGUGGAGGGAUAUCAGCCCUUACAGGAUAAGCCAGCUGCAGAUCUGAUGAAAGCUCACAAGCUCCUGGGAUAUCUCAACAAUGUUAUUAAAAUUGAUGUUUCGGAAGGGAAGCUGGUAGAAAGAGACCCUUCCACCUGGCAACUCCAGGGGGAACCAACAAUACUCAUCACCCUGGCACACAUUUUUAAUAAUUUUGCCCCUCUUAUGUGCAAAGUGUACUUAGUGGAAGAUGUGCUCAUGAGUUUCCUGCUUGGCAUCUUGGAAGGGGGAGGAGCUGUAGAAGUACACCCCCUUAUUCAGCAGUUACUGGAUCUUAUGUGGCUUCUCAUGGAGGAUUAUGAAGUUCAUGAAUGCCUCAAGCAGCUGUUGAUGUCCCUGCUCAGAGCAUACCGCUUUUCUCCCAUCGUUCCUGAUCUUGGCUUACAGAUCCAUUAUCUUCGCCUUACUAUUGCUAUCCUAAAACAUGAGAAAUCCAGGAAAUACUUGCUCAAUAAUGUCUUAUUUGAUGUUCUUCGCUCAGUGGUAUUUUUUUAUAUCAAGUCCCCUUUACGUGUGGAGGAGGCUGGCUUACAGGAAUUGAUACCUACCACCUGGUGGCCAAAUCGCUUCAACAAGGAGGGCAAAGAGAGGAAAGAAGUAAAGAAUGAGAGUUCUGAAGAAAGACUGAGGAGGAGAGCAUAUGAGAGAGGGUGCCAGCGGCUUAAAAAACGCAUUGAAGUGGUGGAAGAACUCCAAGUGCAGAUACUGAAGCUGUUGUUAAACAAUAAAGAUCAUGGUGUGCGUCCCGCUGCUGCACUGGCAAUUGGGGGAGCCUUGGCCAGGCCCAGCUGGCUCAGUUCUCCCACUUUAGGGCGAGCUAACCGUUUUCUCAGUACUGCAGCUGUGAGCCUGAUGACCCCAAGAAGAUCACCAAGUUCUAUAGAGAAGGUUAAAGUCCGUACAUUGAACAUGGAACAACGAACAGAGGAGGACAUUGAAGGUAGCCGUGGAAAUGAGGGUCUUCUAUUGGGGAAACCUACAGAAGAGCCAGAUCAACCAAUAACCAAGAAUUCUCUCCUGGAAAUCUUGGACGGAAUCGUCAUGAUGUACAACCUCAGCGUGCAUCAGCAGCUUGGUAAGAUGGUAGGUGUGUCUGAUGAUGUGAAUGAGUAUGCUAUGGCAUUGAAAGAUACUGAAGAAAAGAUCAGCCGAUGCCCAGAAAGGAGAAGAGAUAUCUGUGAAGAAUUACUGAAGAGUCAAAAAGUUUUUUCUGAGAAGCUGAAUCACUUGAGUCGCCGACUUGCUUGGAUCAAUGUUACUAUUUAUUCAAAGGAGAAGAUGCAAGAUAUAUACUGGUUGUUACGGGUGUGCAUUCGUACAAUUGAACAUGGAGACAGAAUUGGCUCCCUCUUCGCAUUCAUGCCUGAGUUUUACCUGAGUGUAGCAAUGAAUAGCUACAGCGCUCUGAAGAACUACUUCAGUCCUGUAAACAGCAUGGAAGAACUUCCAGGCUAUGAAGAUACCUUGAUGCGCCUCGCUGCCAUUUUAGCCAAGCAUUUUGCUGACCCAAGAAUUGUAGGCACAGACAUUAGAGACUCCCUAAUGCAAGCAUUAGCCAGCUACGUUUGCUAUCCCCACUCACUUCAGGCUGUAGAGAGAAUUCCAGAAGAUCAACGAAUAUCCAUGAUGAGGAAUCUGCUGGCCCCAUAUGAGCAAAGACCUUGGGCACAGACUAACUGGAUUCUUGUACGACUGUGGCGUGGCUGUGGAUUUGGAUACAGGUACACACGGCUUCCUCAUUUGCUGAAAACCAAACCGGAAGAUGCCAAUCUGCCAAGCUUGCAAAAGCCAUGUCCAUCCAACUUGCUGCAGCGACACAUGGCAGAUCUGUUACGCAGUGACCAAGAAAUGGCACCUAGUUUCCUCAAUAGUGUCCUUAACCAAUUAAACUGGGCCUUCUCAGAGUUUAUUGGCAUGAUUCAAGAGAUCCAACAAGCUGCAGAACGCCUAGAAAGAAACUUCGUAGAUAGUCGCCAGUUGAAGGUGUGUGCAACUUGCUUUGAUUUGUCAGUGAGCCUUCUCAGGGUCUUGGAAAUGACUGUCACGCUAGCUCCGGAGAUCUUUUUGGAUUGGAAUCGUCCUUCUUCAGAACUAUUACUCAGGAGACUUGCACAGUUAUUAAAUCAGGUGCUAAAUCGUGUAACAGCUGAGCGGAACUUGUUUGACAGAGUGGUGAAUCUUCGGCUGCCUGGACUGGAAAGUGUAGACCACUAUCCAAUCCUUGUUGCUGUGACAGGAAUUUUAGUCAGGCUCCUUGUUGAUACUGAUUUCCAAGGGGCUGAGCGAGGAACGGCUGUGCUCCUGGCAGAUCCUUGUUUUCAGCUCCGUUCUAUUCAGUACUUAUUGGGUCACACGGAGCCUUUAGUCCUGGGAAUGACAUCAUGUUCUGCUGACAAGAAACAUUUCUCCCUGCAGACCUACACUGAUUGUAUCAGCCAAGAAGAGUUAGCCAAGGUGGAGCAAAUGCUUGGCCACCUCAGUGAAGAAUCCAAGCAAGCUGCAGCUGCCACUUUGCCCACUAGUGAAGAAGACUUGUGUCCAAUCUGUUAUGCACAUCCGAUCUCUGCUGUAUUUAAGCCAUGCUCCCACAAAUCAUGCAAAGCCUGCAUCAACCAGCACCUGAUGAACAAUAAGGACUGCUUCUUCUGCAAAGCCACCAUCACAGGAGUGGAUGACUACAUUAAACCAGCCACCUCCUAGCGCCUGGACCCUGCAGGGCAGGGGCCGCAUGCCUGGGCAGCUUCUCCCUAGAGGACUCUUCCCCCCUCCAAGAGCAUCUCGUCAAAGGUGGCUGUUUUUCAGCACAGCUGAGUUCAGUUUUAUGACACCUCUUGCAGGACACACACAUCUGUAUGCAUCAUCCAGGCCAAAUUGUAUUCUUCUAUCCUACUGAAUUUAGGUACACUUCCUGUUGCUGUCAUUUGACUCCAAACCAACAGGUAUUGGGCUUUUCCUAUGGAUUACGUACAUAGGGGCUUAACGUGGUCAGGUUCUCUACCUCAGCCUGAAUCCAUAGUUCUUAUCCUGCAUCUACCUUAGGAAGUGUGUCUUGUACUGUAGCUGGGACACAUCCUCUUUGAUGAGGUGCUCUCCAUGGUAGAGUAAAAGUGGAUUCUCUGCAGCCAGCAUCUCUCCUGUGAGUCCAGCUACUCACUAGCCAAGUGUGUUCUGGCUGCUGCUGCUACAGCAGCAGCACUUUGCUGUUUGACAGUGCAUGUGUAGCUAGAGUUGGUUCAAAUAUUUGUGUGGGCAUACCCUGCAGACACCAUUCACCUGUAGCACCUGAUGUGAUAGUUCUGGAGAUUGCCAAGCAAUACUCUACUGUGCAGUCAAAGGCGGCGCAUUUGAGUGAAGGAUUGUGGCACCUAUCUGCCUAAAAAUUUGAAUCUGCUCUUUGAGAGUCUGGCUCCUUUCCUUUGAAGGCAAAGUCAGCUGAAAAACAGACCCUAGGCCACACUCUGGUGGGGAGGGGCAGGAGGUGUCAAUGAUACAACAGAGGAAUAAAUGCAGCCUAGACCACAAGGAGUUUGAUCAUGGGAAAGGCCAGGUUCAAUAGGACCAAUAUUUGGUCCAUGUAUUAUAUAAGUGGUUGGGAGAAAUAUUGUUGAUAUUGUAGGCUACAGCAGAGGCGAACCUGAUUGCACUGCUAUCUUCCACCAGCAGAAAGUGCCUGUGGCACACACCCUAUACUGUGUGACUAGGUUGCCUGUACAAUCCAGGAGCAGACAAGGAUUUUUUUAAAAAUGUACUGUGUGUGACUUGUAUCCAGAAUGCUGGGGAGGGUAGCAAACAAGGAACUUAAUUUAAGUGCAUAUAGGGUUGUCUCUCUUCCCCUUCCCCUUCCAAAGUGGAAGGGGAUAUUACUUCCAUAAAAUAAAAUAUUAAAUUAUUAUUCCUUAAA